AUGUGCGCCCAUCAUAACGACUUUGGACAUGCUACUGGUGAGUGCCGAAGUCUCAGGUAUCAGGUGGAGGCAAUGCUGAGAAAGGGAAUGUUAUCCCAGUACCGCGCUGAACCUGAGAAUAUGGCAAGUGAAGAUGGUGGGUCAAAAACAAUGACCGGCAAUAUCGCAAAUGAAGAACUGCUGGAGAUCAACACCAUCCAUGGUCGACCGAAUCUUGUGAAAGGAAAAGAGCCUCGAUCCCAGUUUGAAAAAAGACGAGCCGAAAAGGUGAGAAGCAUAAACGGGAUAACAUCUGCCUCUGAAUCUGCCAAAGCCCUGGAAAAGAUUAGAGUCAUCUCAUUCACACAAAAAGACAUGGAAGGAAUUGAGUUCCCUCACAAAGACACAUUAGUGGUAACCCUCUCCGUUGCCAAUUUGAUGGUAAAAAGAGUGAUGAUUGACGGGGGAAGUAGCGUAGACGUGCUAUUCUGGAGCACCUUCAAAAGAAUGAAGCUGGAUGAAACGGAGAUUCAACCAAACCCAACAUCGAUCUGUGCAUUUGAAGGGACGAAAGUGCAACCGAUCGGAGACGUGACCCUGCCGGUCAUUGCAGCAGGUAAGACCCUAUUCGUUACUUUUGUAGUUGUAGAUGCGCCAAGCACGUAUAAUGCUAUAAUGGGAAGGAAUUGGAUUCAUCAAAUGGAUGGAGAAGCAUCGACACAUUUCCAGGUGAUGAGGUGCAUAUCCGAAGAUGGGAGAAACACAGUUUAUAUCAAGGGGGAUCUAGUGGAGGCCAGAAGAUGUUACAGCAUAGCAACUAACCUUAAGGCUGCGACUUUGCAGCAAAGCGAGGAUUUAUAG